AGAGGAAAGGAAAUCAGGAGAAGCAAAGAAAAGAGGAACGUGAAAGAUCCUGGAAAACUUACCUUCUCUGUGUUUGGAGAUCUAAUUUUUGUAUAAGAGCUGUGAGGUUUUAUGUCCCCAACAUCUCCCUUUCCUGGUAGAGGCUUUAAAGAACAUAGAACAGCUUCUGAAAACCUUCCAACACUUGCUUAGGAGCUGCCUUUUUAAUCCCACCUCAUUUAAUUCCUUGCUUUCUUUUAUCACCCAGUGUGCCCUGGCUUUUCCUGCCCAUGUUAGAGCUGCUUGGAGGGAGCAUGGGCACCGAAGGGUGCACAGACAGCCCAGCAUGCAGAGAGAAAAAAACUGUUUGAGUAACUUUCCUCAAGCCUCUCCAAGGAAAUCUCCCUCCUCCAGGGCUGAAUUCCCUGUUUACAGAGACCUACUCCACCCUCUCCAAGGAAAUCUCCCAGCUCAAGGGCUCUUGGGGCAGGAGGAGAGAAGUGUGAAUGCUCAGCGUGGGAAGGAGAAGAAAUUAAUCCCAUCCUGCCAGGGGAAGUUUAGGUUGGAUUUUAGGAAAAAUUUCUUCACUCACAGGGUGGUGCAGCCCUGGCACAGUUUACCAAGAGCAGUGGUGCAGUCACCAUCAGUCUGGAGGGAUUUAAAACCUGUGGAUGUGGCACUUGGGGACACACAUUACUGGUGGCACUGCUGGGGAAUGGUUGGACUCGAUGACCUUGGAGGGCUUCUCCAACCUUAGCAAUUCAAUGUUUCUUGGAAGUAACAGCCAAUAGAUCAGCUGAAUAUUAAAUUGGGCAAGCAUGUGGUGUGCCUGGUCAAGUUAACAUUCCCAGACUCUGACAUUAAUCCAUGCUUUGUGUGUUUCCCAAACCUUAGGUCCACAGCUUAGGCUUUAUGGCACUGUGAGUAAUAAUAAAAUUGUGAGGAUUUUUUAAAUCAUUGUGUAUCCCAAAAAAACUCUGCAAGCCCUCAUGAAAAAAAGAAAAAUAAUCUGAAAGGUUUCUAGUAGUAAGUAGAAGAGAGACAGAGGGUGGCUUGGGUCACUUCUGGAUGACCCUCCAAGUCUGUGUUUUCCAUGAAAUUUAACCACUGGUAACCCAGGGAAUAAAGCCUUUUGCAAGAACUUGCAAUGUUUCAGCAAACGUCAGUGAAGUAGAUUAAGUAAAAAAAAAAAUCCUUAUUUUACAAAUUGGGAAACUAAGGGAGGGGAGGAAGUCAGCUCUUGUACAUCUGUGGAAGUCAGCUGAGUUGAGCCUUUGCCACUCCAGGCUUUCCUCUGGAAAUAAAUGGAUCUAGUCACCUAAUCAGUAAGGGGAAAUGGCUUUAAAUGACAGAAGGUGGGUUUAGAUGGGAUAUUGGGAAUAAAUUCUUCCCUGUGAGGGUGCUGAGGCCCUGGCACAGGGUGCCCAGAGAAGCUGUGGCUGCCCCAUCCCUGGAAGUGUUCCAGGACAGUUUGGAGCACCCUGGGAUAGUGGAAGGUGUCCCUGCCCCUGGCUGGGGGUGGAACUGGAUGAGCUUUAAAGUCCCUUCCAACCCAAACCAUACCAGAAUUUGAUGAAUUUGUGUAUUACUGCAGCUCCAACUCGUCACUGCUCUGAAGUGUGCUGUGUAUUUUCAGCUUGAGAUUUGGGUGCAUCAAUAAAUAGUUUCAUCCACUGCCCAUUCCUCUGUUUUCCUGACAUUUACUGAAAUUCAGAAUGUUCCAAUAACAACAAAGGCAUUUUGAAUGUCUCCCAACAUGGAAUGCUAGCAACUCAUGCAGAGAAAAUUGAAACCCUCAAAUUAAUGAGAAGAUUAAAUAGUGCUCUGGAUAAAAAUAGCAUUUUAAUUUAAAUAUUAUUUUAUGUCCUAGCCUGAAGUCCUGGCCAGGUUAAUGAGGGUUGCCAGCAACCACUAUAGGAAAUAGGAUUGGGUAAGAAAGUAAAAACAGUCUUACAAUCUUUGGGAAAGGAAGAGGAAGAACAGAUGACAACAGAAGCUGAAGAUGUACAAAUGCAUUUCUGACCUGCUAAGCAAAUUCGGGCUGGAUCUGCCCAUUCCUGUGCCCACUGACACACAUGGCAGCGAUCUGGGUGGCGUCACACUCCUGUCCCUUUACCUCCCUGCACAAGGGACUAAGGGACAAAAUAGUUCCCUGUAAAGAUGUCAGGAAAGGAGAAAUUUGUUUUCUCUCUUUCCAUACCCUUUGGAUUGGGGUGGCUCAUGGACAUGGAGUGUGCAUGGACAGGACUGGGAUGUUGUGGGUGGAUGGUGGUGGGUUCUGUCUGUUUAGGAGACACAAGGUGAGGAAGAGCCUGAAGCUCUCUUCAGGGGGAGUUUGUGAAACUGGAAGUGAAAGGCAUGAGGCUGGAGGGAUUUUGUGAAAUCGGAAGUGCCUGAGGUGUUGAAGGACUGUGCUGAAAGCCUGUGGCGUGUGAAGGUGCACUGAAAGAGCUCCUGACCCCAGAGCUCCAUGCUGAGGGCAGCACGAGCAGGGUUUGGGCAUCUGGAACUGCUGAGGUGGAAGGUUUGGGUGCAAGGUUGGAUGAAGCAGUAGACAUCCCAUAAGGUGCUGGACUGUGCUGGGAGAGGCUGCGGGUCAGAGGAGGACCCACUGUGGUGGUGUGUGUGUGACAAGUGGGCAGGGACAGGAGGGAAUGAGAAGUGCUGAGGGAGAUUGUGAAACAUCCAGCAAAGAUGUUAUGGGAGAGAACUUAAAAUUUCUCUACCCGAGCAGCACUAAAACCUCAUGUUCAGGGGCUGUGAAACCAGAGCAUCUCAGGGCCUCAAGCAGGACACAACACCAGUGCAAAGUCUGCAUGGACAGUUCUUGCAAGAACUCAUGGCUGAGGAAGGGAGAAGUAGUAAAAAAAUAAUGUUUCCGUGACACUGCAAAGAGGGGAGGGGGAAGUGGUUCAAAUCUGAGUGAUCAUGCCCACACAGGGGAGGUAUUUCCCCCAUGAAUGAUUGGCUGCCUGGAGGGUCACGCUGAAAACACCAUGGCUUUUUAAACAGUGGCUGCCCAGCCCAGCACUGCAGGAUGACACAAGGACUCGAGCUGCACCCUACGUCACACCAUCCAGGGGACAACAUUGCCGGGCACAGGCGCUGAAAUUCCCAGGAACGCAAAAAAGGUCUGAAUCACCCAUUAUGAGACCCUCAACCCCACCAAUCAUCCUUCCAACCACAGCCAUCCAUGCUCCUGGGACCAACCAGAGCGGGGCUGUGGGACAACCCGAGGCAUCCUACGCUGUCCUCAAGUUCAUGGAGAGCUUCUGCCUGCUGAGUGCUGCCUGUGGGAUGGUGGGGAACGGCCUGGUCCUGUGGUACCUGGGCUUCCGCAUCCGCAGGAACCACUUCACCGUCUACAUCCUGAACCUGGCGGCCGCCGACUUCGGGUACCUGCUGUGCAUCGCCGUGGAGACCGUGCAGUACCUGAUGCAGUUCAACGUGGGCGUGCAGUUCGGGAUAUUCCUCUUCCUGGAUCUCUUCAUGUACGGCACGGGCCUGUACCUGCUGACGGCCAUCAGCAUGGAGCGCUGCCUGUCCGUGCUGUCCCCCAUCUGGUGCCGGACGCACCGCCCGAAGCACCUGUCUGCCGUGGUGUCCGGCCUGCUCUGGGCCCUGUCCCUGCUCCUGAACACUCUGGGAUAUGUUCUGUGCACCGUUCGCCCCUCUCGCAGGGUCUGCCAGCGUCUGCUCAUCGCCAUCGGAGCCUUGGACUUCCUCGUCUGCGCGCCCCUCAUGCUGCUCUUCAGCCUCACCCUCUUCCUGCGGGUCAAGUGCAGCUCCCAGCCCUUCCAAACAGGCCGGCUCUUCACCGUCAUCAUGCUCACCAUCCUCCUCUUCCUCAUUUUCGCCGUGCCCCUCAGUGUCCUCAUCCUCCUGGACUUCCUGGGCCUCAAGUUCCUGUAUUCCCCAGAGAUUGGCUUUGUGCUGUCCUGCGUCAACAGCACCCUCAACCCCGUCAUUUACUUCCUGGUGGGAAGCUACAGGGAUCGCAAAUUCAGGCUCACCCUCAGGCUGGCGUUCCAGAGGGCCUUCCAAGACUCAGCAGAUGACAGAGAUGAGCGGGAAACGCGGGACACGAUAACCAUGUCCUCCUAAAAUCCUGCCUGGAAUGUCUCGGCAGAACUGAGGAACUCUGAGGUACUGAGGGAAGUUCACCUCACCUGACCCUCAGUACCCUCUUUGUAGAUAUUUUAGGUCAUUAUUUUAAGUUCCCAUUCUCUUAAGACCCUCUUCGGGUUAUUAUUUCAAGUGUCCCAUAUGGCACAGAAGCAGCUGAACCAUAGGAUUUACCUGACCUGUAUUUAGGACACAUUAAAAUUUCCUGUUUCUUUCCAAUGACUACUACAUAAUAUUAAUUUGAUAAGGCUGAAAUGUCUUGGUGUCUGAAUUUCAUCAAAGAAAUCCUGCUCAGGAUAAAUCCUUGUUGUUAAUAAACUCAUAAAUUCCGUGUUGCUUUUCACUCAGAUCUCUGAAAAUGAAAUCAGUACCAACAAUCCUCCUGUUGGAAGCAGACAUAAAAUUCCUGGAAGGACAAUCCAUCUAUCCCUCUUAACUUAGAACUCCCAUCCCAUGUCAGAGCACACACACAGUCUUUUGUGGCUCACAGAGCCAUUCUGGGCUUCCUAAUGUGGGCAUUUCAAGCACUGAAAAGAUUCACAUCCACCAAGUCCAUUUCUUCUCUGAGCCAGGGAUGUUUCCACAUCACAGAGCAGAAGAGGGCUUCAACUCCUUCA